AUGAAUAAAGACGGAACUAGAGCUUACUCUGGUUGGUUUGCAGAACAGUGUGAGGACAUGAUCCCAACAGUAGGUUUUAACAUGCGUAAAGUCACGAAAGGAAAUGUUACCAUGAAGUUAUGGGACAUUGGUGGACAACCACGUUUCCGAAGUAUGUGGGAACGAUAUUGUCGUGGUGUAAACGCUAUUGUAUUUGUCAUUGAUUCUGCUGAUCAUGAGAAAUUAGAAGCAGCAAGGACCGAAUUACGCAGUCUUUUGGAAAAACCUCAACUUGCAAACAUUCCAGUUCUAGUUUUGGGCAAUAAGAAUGACUUGGAUGGAGCAUUGACUGUUGAAAGAAUUAUAGAAGAAAUGAAUUUAAAAACGAUUAAUAAUCGAGAGGUUUCUUGUUAUUCAAUCUCUGCAAAGAAUCAAGUGAAUAUUGAUAUAACUUUACAGUGGUUGAUUAAGAAGGAAGCUUUUAAAAUGGUUGCUCAACGUUGGAAGGAUUCAGCCGAGAAUCCUAAAAAUCAAACUCAAAAGUAA